UAAUCUCUUUUAAAAAAAAAAUUUUAGUGUCGAAUAGAAAACUAGUAAAAUAUUAUCGUGUUGGCAAAAUCGUGUGUGUCAGCGGUACUAAAGUGCAAGCCUCAAUGUCUACAUAACUUUUGAAUUUGACAUAGAUGAUAAGCGGUGGGCGGCAAUAUGUUCCGUUGUUCUUGGAAUGCUGAUGAUGGUUCGUCGUCCCUUUUUGUGGGUUAACAUGAAUCCCAGUUGUUAGUUACAAGACGAGUCGCAAAAUAAAUCAAAUAUCGUUAGACGCACUGGAACGGAGCCAGCAGUGAGUCUACUCCAAUAUCCACUGUGAUGGUAUUUAUUUUCUGUCUACUGUUGGCGUUGGACGCCCUCCUACUCGUACGACAUUUUACAUUUCGCGCCGCCAUCGUCUGCGAAGAUUAUUCACCUUGCGUUUGUGAAGUUUACCAGCCGUACGGUUUAAUUGUCCAUUGCGGAGACGCCAAUGGCAACCGACUAUCCGUCAGCGCUCACGAUGUCCGAAACGUUUUCAACCGCACUACAGCUCGACACAUUUAUUGGUUAGAUCUGCUGUCGUUGUCGCCGGAGAAUCCGGAAUCCGGCGACCUCAUCAAAAUUCCGGCCAAUUUGCUCAGCGACAAAACGGUCGAGCGGAUUGCGGUCAACUGCUCCACCGCCGCCGGCCCUUUGCGCUUGGAAAUCCAUCCGGAGGCUUUCAACUCUUCCAUCCAGCACAUUGGACAUUUUGAAGUGGCCGGAUGCGAUCUGAGUCGGUUGAAAUUCGACUUCCUAGCCAACACUAGUCGGUUGAUCAGUUUGAGCAUCAGUCGAUCCGUUCGUUUCCAAGGAUUCCCUCCAGCGUUGCCAUUCGUCUCCCGUCUCAAAUCGCUGAGGAUCUACGAGUGCCUGGACUUCCAGCACUGGAACGAGAUCUCCGUCCGGUUCCCGCAGCUGGAAUCGCUCUUCCUUGACGGAACUCUUUUGGGCGACCGUUCGGUGAAUCAACUGGUCAGUUCCAUCGCUUCUUCGCCGACUGGAAACGACACGCUCCAGCAGCUGAGCUUGUGGGAGAACAAACUCACCCGCAUUCCGGAACACAUUUCCUCUUUCAGAAAGCUGAGCUACGUCAACUUUUUCGGCAAUUCUAUCCGACAUGUCCCGAGAGGUUCGUUCGUUUUUCACACCGGAAUUCCGGUCGCCUUCCUCAUUUUGUCCAAGAAUUCUUUGCGCAGGAUAGAUCCAGGUGCUUUCCAAGGUGAUUUUUCCGAAGCGUCCGUUUACAUUGAUUUCAAUCAGUUGACUCGAUUCGACUCUGGCGUUUACCAGAAUUUACUGGAACAGAUGCACCGCUCAGCGUCGGCGGACGCCGGCCUCAACGUUCACAACAAUCCUUUCGCCUGUAACGACUGUCAUCUCACCUGGUUGAUCCGUGACAAUCGACACCUACUGAGUCGCGUUCACGGUGGCAAGUGCUCCAACGGGACGCGGUUCGAGGACCUCAACCCCAAACAUUAUGACUAUAAUUGCCCAUCAUCUUAAAUCGCAAAGGUUUCAACUUCGUAAUAGAAACGAAUUUGGAGUUGUUGCUGUGCGCAUCAAUACUCGUCAAUAAGGAACAAUGUAUUUACUUUUUUGUUUUCAAAUUCUAGCGAUUGUAAAAAAUACUGUGAAUAUAAUACCACACCGUUUUGUUUUA